GUCAGACUGAAGUCCACUUCACUCAUAAAUCUGAAGGUCGUGUGUUCGAUCCACACAAACCGCAUCUUUUUGUUCUUUUUAGCGACUGGAUUAUAUCCAUUCAGUAUCGGUUCGUGAUCCGAUGAUGCGCAUCAAUGUUUUUGUUGUUUCUUUUUGGCCCAAGAUAAAGAUAAGAAUUAUCCCGAUGCACCAUGCUGCUACAACACCCAAACAGCCCCGGUGCAGCCAAUCGCCGCAUCCGGAAGCGGGUGGAGUCACCGUUCCCGCAACAUUCCGGGCCCGCCGCUUCCCGCGCCCGCCCCGCCGAAGUCCACGUCGCCGAACCCGCUUUCCUGCUGCGGGGUACCCGUUAUACACACCCAAGAAUGGCUCAGAACGAAGUCUUCCAGUACUCCCUCAUGUCCGCCCUGAUGCACGGCGUCGCCACAAACGGCACCCCCAUUUCGCGCGUCCUGGACCACGGCAACCACGGUCUCGGCACCUUCAAGUCCAUGAACGGCGAGAUGAUCGUCCUCGACGGCGUCUGCUACCAAAUGAAGUCCGACGGCACCGUCGAGCACAUCCACACGCCCUCGGAGGUGAUUACGCCCUUUGCGACCGUGACCCGGUUCAACCCGGACGUGUCGACGCGGGCCACCAUCUCGAGCAAGAAGGACCUGUCAGCGUUGCUGUCCAAGCUAUUUCCCCAGGGCAAGAACCACUUCCACGCCAUCCGCAUGGACGGGACGUUCAAGAAGAUCGAGGUGCGGACGGCCGGCGGUCAGUGCUUUCCUAGGGAACGCCUGGUGGCGGUUGCGGAAAGGCAGACGACAAACACGUUUGAGGCGGUCAAGGGCACGAUCAUCGGGUUCAGGUGUCCGGCGUACGUGAUGGGGAUUAAUGUGGCGGGCGAUCAUUUGCACUUUAUCGAUGAGGAGAGGCAGAAGGGCGGACACAUUUUGGAGUUUGAGACCGAGGGCGAUGUGGAGGUUGGGGUUUCGUUGAUGUCCAAGUUUCAUUUGGAGGUGCCGACGGAGGAUGAGGAGUUCAAUGAGGCGUCACUGGUGUAUGAUGAAGAUGGUAUCGAGAAGGUGGAGGGUUAGAGAGGCUGGAACAAACAAGGACGGUGAGGAGGAAUGGAUGCAUCAUGAUGUCACGAAAGAAUAUGAAGAUAAUGAUAAUUCACAACGAAGAAAGGGAAAAUGGCCCGGAAAAAAAAACGAUGACUUUCAUCAAAUAGUUAGCGCAAAAGUGAAAAAGAGGAAAAAGAUAACUUGGGAACUCCCUCGGUAAGGAUCGAACUUACAGCCUCCAGAUUAAC